ACCCACGUGGGAGAGCAGCCGCUGCGUCGGUCGGUCGCGGUAACUCACAGAGAGCAUUGAGCCGGCGCGGCGAUGCCAUAAACACAAAAUCCGAGAACAGCCAGCCGGCACCGAGAAAAACAAAACGAUUACCAUACACCAGACCGACGACCGUCAGUGCUAGUGGCGCGCGCGAGCAGAGCUACCUACUGUGUGCGAACUUGGUAGUUAGGUUGGUUAGUUGCGUUGGUAGGAACGGCACACCGUCGACCGUGUUGGCGCCAUUCGCGCGGUCAGUUGUGAGCGCGCUUUCGUCGGAUUAACACGUGGUUCCUCAUACUGUGGUCGUUGCGGUUUGAACAGUUUUUUUUUUGGAUACCGGGUCCAAAGUUGUGGAAAUUUUUUGUGGUGUGUGUUUUGGUCUAGUUUUGGUCUACUGAAUGAACUAGAUCAGAGAUCAGGAUAUUAACAGCGACGAUUAUUGUGCGUUCGCAGAGUUCGAGUUCGGUUUGAAGUGCGAGAGUGGGCCGCACGUCCGCAAUGUGAUUUGGCAAUCGCGCGGGUUUUCCCAGCGGCGGCGGUGGAAAGAAUUGAUUGAUUUGUGGGCGAAAAAAAAACGCCAGUGCAGUUGGCUAGGUAUCAAGUGGAUGCUGGUGAUGCUGAGAGCGGUGAGGGGAUGUUGCAGGUGGAUUCAGUCAUAAAAGUGCACCGAUGAUGAUGGUGAUGAUGCAGUUGUAGUGGAUUUGUAAUGCAUCUGCCGAAGCGGAGUUGAGCCGAUGGACGAAGGAGGCUUACUAGUUGCACCUGGCCAAAUAGUUGUGCAAAAGCGUGCGGUGCGGACGAAGUGGAUGUGAUUUUUUUUUAAGCAGCCAGUACCGGGAAAAUAACACAAGUUCGCAAAAUAAAGAAUUAAUAGCAGUAUUGGAUGAACUCCCCGUAAAUUUCGAUAGAGAAUUGUGCACUAAGUUUGAAAUCAUGGUCUAGAAAUUUGAGAUUUGUUAUAACAGUAAACUUCUAACCACAAAUAUUUAAUACGGCGCGUCGCAACUUUUUUAGAAUGAGAUAUGUAUGUACCUAUGGAAUGAGAUGUAUGGAUUAAUACGUCAAGUAAGCUGUGAGAAAAUAUAAUGUUAAUAAAUCCUGUGAACUAGUGUAGGCGAAACAUCCGACGUAUAUGACCGACGGUGAACGGAUGUCGGUGGAUUCAAAUUGAAUUGUGUUUAGUGUGUAAAUUCGAUUCACUGCGCAGUGCAAUCGGCGGCGGUGGCGGCGGCACAACACAGCGCGUUGUGGUGAGAUUCAAAACCCGUACAAAUAUCGGAUUAGUGCAUUGUUCCGAGGAUAAUUGCCCCGUUCCUGGUAAUGGGAAUUUUUGGCCGAAGCGUCAUUGGAGCGGUGUUGGAUUGCGCAACGUAAUGCAAUGAUAUACGGCAGAGAUGAUUGGUUAAAUCUUCCGAGAAUGGCAGUGUGAUCGAUGUGUUUACCGUAGCGUUUUGGUAGUGACAAAAAGUGAAAAAGUUCUUUGGAACGUUAAUACGUGAACAUCAAAGCAGUGGCUAAUAAUAUCAUAAUAAACAGGAGCACAAUAGUUCAAGGCAUGGAGCUGCAGAAAGCAAUAAAAAGAAAGAAUUUUAUGUAAACUGUUGUUAAAAAACAUUUUCAGAAGAGUUUAAACUUCCAAGUAGCAGCAGGCAGAAAAAAAAGUUUUCCACCGCCACCAAUAAACAACGAACGCAAAUUGAAUUCCAACGAGAAUCGCAUCCGUUACCGGGCAAGAAGGGCACAAAACCUGAGCGAACAAAACGGUAUCUGCAUUCUGCAAAGUUGUUCAAUUUAUUCCUGCAGUUGUUGUCCGAAAACCGAAAAGUGAAUGUGUUGUUUGCGGGUAACUAGAGAAGAGAUAUAAAAAAAACGAUAUCCACUGUACAGUCCAUGAAUUUGAGCGCACGUGAUGUGUCGUCGCUGUUCAGGGUGUCGAUAAUGUCCAUCGAGAAGGAAUAAUAGAGCGAGAGAAACUGUACUGUGGAAAAUUUGUCUGUGUCUCGGAGCGGACAGGAGAGUUAUAAUUGGAAGAUUGUUCCUAUAUUGGUAGCAGUGAGUUGUACAGUUUUGAAUUGGACGGAGUUUGGAGACAGAAACAGCAAUAAGCUUCAUUAAAUCUAUGUAGGCGAUAAAGGCAAUGACCACCAUGCCGAACAUCUGCCGUUGACUGCCCAAUCCGGUCAACAGGAAAUCCGGUCCGGCAAACGCUCAGCGCCGUCUCGAUAGUAUGGAAAACGGCCAGCCCUGGUCCGAUUGGUGCACGGGGAACUACUGGUCGACGGUUCGCUAUUUGCUUUCCUGUGCCAACUACAACAAUACCUGGACCUCCUACUGGGGACCGGACAUAGUCUGUGAUUAUAAUCGCAUUGCUCUCUCAUCGGCGGCAGCGGCGGACAGCCGGAGUUCGCUGAAAGGCAUCGCAAUUAACGGUACGGUCGACGGCAAUCCGGCUGCAACGGGCGUUCCAUCGAUCGACCACAGUUCCGUGCUUCGGGUGGGCAUCGAGUGCUAUCAGAACUUCAAAUGCAUCCUGAAAUCGGUCAGCCCGGCCAGCGGCAGCAGCAGCAGCAACACCGUCGGUAAUCACUCCGACCCAACAGAAGUGCGGUGGACAGAUGCCCUGUACGAGUGCAAUCCGUUGAUGGCAACCGACAAGCAGGACAACCUGUUGAAAGAAUGCAUCACCAACUACAAUGCCACAAUCGUCGCGCGUAACAUCAUUAAACCAGUGUCGGAGCUGUUGCUGAAGCUGCCAAAGCUGUCGCUGGAAAUGAUGGCCAGCCGGACAGGCAUUUCACCCAACGAUACAGCAGCAACGGCGGCGGCGGCAGCGGCUGCGGCAACCGUGCAGCCAUGCGCACCCCCGGACAUUAGCCGGGUCAGUUACCACCAUUACCAGCUGAUUUGCAACAACAGCGCCGGUCGGUUUACAUUCUACGAGAACGAUUCGUUCGAUCUGUUGAACUCUUCAUCGUCGUCGUCGUCGGCGGCGGCCCUGCUGGAGCCCGUCCAGUGUCUGCUCAACGUCCAGUACGACGAUGUGAUAAACCAACUGACGGGAAUCGUGUUUCCCAACGGAACGGCAACGGCGGUGGGCACCAGCAGCAGCUCGCUCAUGACCUUCGGAACCCGGUACGAGUGGAGCUUUUUGUUUGUGAUUUUGUUUAUCUUUGCCGGUGGACUCGGCAAUAUUUUAGUCUGCCUGGCGGUGGCACUGGACCGGAAACUUCAGAACGUAACGAACUACUUUCUGCUGUCGCUGGCCAUCGCGGAUCUGCUGGUGAGCCUGUUUGUGAUGCCGCUUGGAGCCAUUCCCGGAUUUCUAGGUUAUUGGCCCUUCGGCGUCACGUGGUGUAACAUCUACGUUACGUGCGACGUGCUGGCCUGCUCGGCCAGCAUCCUCCACAUGUGCUUCAUCAGUUUGGGACGGUAUUUAGGCAUCCGGAAUCCACUCGGGAGCAGGCAUCACUCGACCAAACGAUUAACUGGCAUCAAGAUAGUUCUAGUGUGGCUGUUGGCCAUGCUGGUUUCGAGUUCAAUUACCGUUCUAGGUAUCAUCAACAAGAACAACAUCAUGCCCGGUCCCCAGGAGUGCGUUAUCAACAACCGGGCGUUCUUUGUGUUUGGCUCGCUGGUGGCCUUCUACAUCCCCAUGGUGAUGAUGGUCGUUACGUACGCUCUCACGGUACAGCUGCUGCGGAAGAAGGCUCGCUUCCUGGAGGAGCAUCCGGAGGGGGAGCUGUUUAGAAGACUAGGAGGUCGGUUAUCCAAAACGAAACAUCCGUCGGCCGGAAACGGAGGAAGCAGUGGCGUGGGCUGUCAGAGCGAUGAUUCAAUCUGUUUAUCGAUGAAGAAUCCUGUGGAAAGGCGGAAAAACAACCUCACCGCCAAGAAUAACAACAACAACAAUAGUAGACUGCUAUCCUUCGGUGGAACGGCUCCCUGGCGGCUGCAUGGUCUCAACUCGGACAGGAUAGGAACCAUCUCGGCGUCGACACAGGCGGUCCCAAUGGCGGCGAGGACCUACAGCAACGGUGGCACCGAUCCAGCUGGCAUCGUAUCUUCUUCGUCCCCGUUGAGCAACAAUGCUGGUAGCAGAGCAGCCAUAGCCCGAGGAGCUCAGUAUCAUCAUAACCACCACCUUCACAACCAUCACCACCAUCAUCAUCAUUACCACCACCGGUCUGACCUCUCGGGCCAGUCCGGUGGGGGCACCUGCGACCAGAGCACCCAAACGCCGGAAAACAUCGAGAGGGAAACCCGCCGGCAACGGUUCUGCUCCUUCCGGUUGCAUCUCAACAGUGUGCCGACGCCGAGCAUAAAUUUCAAUUUGAAAUUUUUGGCCAGCAAAAAACGAACCAACCUCUCGGCGAACGCCGUUGCCACCGAGCAGAAGGCCACCAAGGUCCUGGGUCUAGUGUUUUUCACCUUCGUAUUCUGCUGGGCGCCGUUCUUCAUCUUGAACAUCAUCUUUGCGGCGUGGCCCAACGUGGAAGUACCUGACAGAAUCGUCAACAUAUGCCUGUGGUUGGGCUACGUUUCGUCCACUAUCAACCCGAUAAUCUACACCAUCUUCAACAAAACGUUCCGGGCGGCGUUCAUUCGGUUGCUGCGCUGCCGUUGCGAAAGAUCUCGUCGUCCAUCCCGGUACCGCUCGGUGACCGACAGCCGGGGUGCCGUUAGCUUAUGUACGCCAUCGGCCUUACCUUUGGCGAUAUCCCUGCAGGGGGCUCCCCUGCUAACCCCAACUAGCACACAAGUGACGCCGCUCAGUGAUUUUCGUGGUAGCUACGAAAUCACCGAUGACGACUGUUAGGAUAUUGUUUCUCUCUCUCUACAAUCUAUGUAUCUGUAGGUACCUGUGAACCAAUUUGUAGUAAUGUAAGCGAACUGUGCACGCAGUUUAAAGUUUUAACUAAACACAUUCGAACACACAAACUAAAUAAUGGAAAGCAACAAUCAUGGCAAACGUUAGAGCUUAUGUUGAAUGGAAGGACAUUCACUAGUCACAAUUGUCGAUACAGCAUUAGGGUGGAAAAAAUAAAAGUUAAUCAAAUUUCCACAUCCACACACAUAAGCAAUGUAUACCAAAAGUAUUACACGUUAGAAAUUCGUUUAGAACAUUUAAGUAGGAGAUUUAUCGAUGUUACAGCAGCGAAUGCAAAUGCUGAAAUUAAAGAUCUGUUUUACAUC